UUUUUUUUUGUUUUACAAAAAAUGCCCACUAUUGCAAAUAUAGCAGACAAAGUAGUGCACUCAUUGAGGCCCAUCACUAUCAAACAAAUUCAAUUGGUCACGAUUAAAGAAGGUGAAGAUGAAGCAAGUCGUUUCUUUAUUGAUCAUAAAGAAAUUCAUAGUGUUUAUUUUAUGGGUUAUAUUCGCUCUAUGAGUCGAUUUGAAGCCCAUGCUUCCCUUGUGGUUGAAGAUGGCACUGGUGCUAUAGAUGUACAGGUCUGGACAGAAGGUUUCUCCAACCUUCAUGAUGAUAUGGAGCAAUUAGCUACAGCCAUGUUUGUACACAUCAUAGGUCGCCCACAACGUAUUCAAACAAAGACGCGCAUGAUUGCACAUCACAUACGUGUCAUUCAAAAUACCAAUGAAAUUACAUUUCACUUGUUGGAUGCGAUUUAUGCUCAUGUAUGUCUUCAACCUUUAUCCAAAACGACUGCUUUGGAUCCAAUUGAAGCUGUAAAAAGAGCCAUUAAGGACUGUUCUAGCAGAGAAGGAACGCAUGUGCAAGUGAUUGUACAUCAUUUACGUGAUAAAUUGAAUGCCUCUCAAGUCACUGAAGCGAUUGAAGAAUUAUCCUUUGAAGGACACGUCUUUUAUGUUACUAAUGAACUUAUCAAGUUAACUGAAUGCUAAGACGAAAUAAAGUUGGUGCAAAAGCUAUCAUAAAGGUAACCAGACAAUAAGAGAAUCACAACAAGCAACUUUAGCCACAACAUCCUACAGCUAUUUUUCUCUAGAAAUAGUGGUAAACGCAUUCUGCUUCCUUGGAAUGACAUAUAUAUCAUCAAAGAAUACAUUCAGAAGCGUCAACCACAUAAGUGAUGUUUCCCUUCUGACUUACUUGAGUAAUGCUGCUAAAAUAGUGCUCAUGUUUCUCUUUUGUUAAACUAUGAACUAGCAUUACGAAUGACUGUUUCAGAGGUAUCGGAAGCACGACUAUUGCUCUUAUUAUAGUAAUGCGUUAUCCU